UUCUAAAUCGGUCCUGCACCUGACUUUUAUACCUGCAUGCCCGACUGACUUGCGAAUUCGCCCUUGGUUCUAUCGACGUUGUUUGGAGCAGCAUAGAGUCGAGGCUGGCUGUAAUUUGGGAUAGACACAAUGUGGAACUUCGGCGAUUACCUGAACGGGUUGGGGGCUCUUCUUAACUUCGUCUUUGAGACCGACCCACCAGUAGAAGCCCUCAAGCAGUUUCCUAUGAAACCUUGGUCGAACUACUUUGUGGAUAACGAUCUGGAGAGGAGGUUUCGAAGGGUGCAUUUCCAUCAGCAACUGACAACGAACUGCAUGACGUUCUGCGUCACACUGAUCAUCAGCGCCGGUACCUUUUUUACCCCGCCUGUUGAGAACUUUACUGCUAUAAACACUUAUUAUAUUGCGGCCGGCUGUAUGAGUCUUUCCACGCUGACCACGCUGGUGGUGAUGUUUAUCACCCUACGGUAUCAAUCCUUCGCAUGCCCCACCACAAUCUCAGUCAUGGUCAGCGUAUGCAGCUUCAGCCUGCUUUCGAAUGAGAACCUCGGUACCUUCUUGCUAUCGUUCAGCGUCACAUCGGAUAUGCCGGACCAAGCAAGUGAUUUCACUAAAGCGCAUACAACCGCGGAGAUUGUUGUCACUUGGGGUGUACUGAUGUGCAUCAAUUGUCUGUUCUUCCACAAGCUCAUCGCAAUUACUACCUAUUUCAUCAUCUGCCGUCUGGGCCUUCGAUGGAUCCUCCACAGCGAGGUGAUUUCAUCCGACAUCGAAGGCCUCCUCCAAAACGCGAUCUGCCUGACAUCCCUCUAUAUCCAAUACCGACGAGACAAGCGAGCACGGGCCAGCUUUGCCCUGUCCACCACCGCCGAGGACAGUUCAGAGGAUGACAAAGAAGCAGAGCAUCACUGGAUAACCUCCCCACUACGCUGGGUUGUCCUGUCCUUUAACCACGUAAUGCAUCAGACGUUCGAUAAUCCCGACGACGAACAAGGGUUUAGGAGAUACUUCGCGACGGUGGCUCAGAAGGAGAUGCGGCUCAUCUGCGUGGUCAUCGCUAUAUCGACCCUCGUCUCACAAUUGACGCAUCUGAUUAUGUACCCGGACAUCAUUCUAGGGCCAGCGGGUCUGAAGGGACUACCGGAAGCCGUCAGCCUUAUCCUGGCCUGCUGUAUAUGUUUCGCGAUAACGUUUAUGCCCGCAUUCGGGGCACAUCACCCCAGACGGCAACAAGUCGCUCUGACGAUACUCAACGCCGUCUGGCGGCUUUGUACAACCAGCAUGGUCCUCAUCACCGCCAAAGAAAGAGAAACGAGCCUACACGAGGGACCCCCGCGGAGAGCAGCGAUCGCAAACUCCGUGUAUAUUUCAAUGAUGCAACUCCUUUACAACUCCGCUGUCGCCAUCUUCAACGCAGAUUGCCUGCUCGCGCGGUACGGACUUGUCUGCGCGGGCAUCGAGCUGGCAUGUACGAUUGCUAUUUUCAUCUUGGAUCCCAACCAGGUUAACCGAUCAGGGUUGCUGCUGGAGCAUAUGAUUGUCGUCUGUGGGGCAGGGUUGGUCGUUGUCCCGCAGGCUGAGCGGACACGGCGGGAAUACUUUGCCGCCGUGUUUCUCAAACGGAGGUUGUUGACGGCGCCGAUGAAGGAGGCGGGCGACGAUGCUUGCUCGAAGACGACGUCCGGGGGAGGAAUGCUGGUGAAUGUGAGGCCCAUUAAGCGAACCGUUGAGAGCUUUGGGGACGCGAAAACGAGGAAAGAUGGGGACGUGGAGGAAAUGCCUUCGAGGAUAAAGGAUAGCAAGGAAUUUGGCACUGACAAAGAUGAGUUUGUUUGAGAAUACGUUUGUGAGGUCAUUGGGUACAUCGAUUGCUCGCAAGCGAUGCAUCACCUACUCAUACAAGAAUCACCGGCCGCGGGCCUGCCACCUGCGGCCGCGACGCAGAGUAUAGAGCUGUUAAUAUAUCGAUUGGUGGGACGGAAGGAUUUGCUGUGACAGCGGUGUAUUGAAUGAGAAUAGCUAAUAAAGAGCAUGGGCCACAUGGCGGUCAUAUCUACGUCCAUGAUUGUGAUGCUGAAAGGCGGAUCAAAAUAUUCAAAUGACA